AUGCAGCCUGACCGGCUGAUCAACGCCCUCACCAUCACUGUACAGAUCCUCAUCAGCCUUGUCCUCUUCGCCAUCGUCCUCCCCUUCUUCAUCCUAUGGCGCGCCCCAAUAAGCCUCCUCUACUUCACCAAGAACGAAAAGCCACAGGAAAAGAACGCAGACCAAGAGAGAGAAAGGCUGCAAGGCCUGCCAGCGGACGAGGAAGAAGAAGAACCGAAACCACCCCCAUCACCAGACCUCCACGAGCGCGCCCUCGCACACUACACAAAACACUGGACAGCCUUCAAAUUACGCCCGAUCAACAAACCCCUCGUAGCCCACUGGUCACGCGUAGCAUGCCUCUCCCUCCUCACAAUACAAACCACGCUCACCCUCGCCCUCCUCGAAAAAUCGCUCGUCUACCACAUCCCCUGGUUCGUUGCACAUCUCUCAGACACAGAAUACAAGACGUCGAAGAAGAAACUCUGGCUUAAUGACCUCUUGCUGCAUGUAGCCUGGCUACUUAUGACAUGUGCGCCUGUUGUAGGUUUAUUAGGCGUGGGCCUGGGUAUUGCGUAUUACAUGUCCAAAGCGGUAAGGUACGGCAAGUUUCGCAAGGGUAUGGAGAGGAAGAAGGGAGGGAGGGGGUAUGAGGAUCCGAAUAAGGUGAGGGAGGGAGAAGGGAAGAAUGGGGAGGCACAUGGGGCUAAAGAGGCGGUUAUGGGGGUCAUGGAUCAUGUCAUUCAUCCGAAUGUUCAUGUUCCGCACCUACAUUUUCAGCAUCCGCAUCCACAUCAUCAUCCUAAUGUAGAGAAAGAGCCGGAAGCUUCGCCGUAUGGGUAUCCGGGGUAUAGUGAGGACAUCCUCUUCGAGCAGCCUGGGGAUACGGCGGGUGGGUAUCAAGAUACGGUCCAGCAAACGCCGCCUGUAGUGGUCCAGCCUCCGGCACCGGCGGCAAGGUUUGAUAAGAACCCUUAUACUUUGGCUGGUAUUGCGUCGAUCUGGACUGGCCAGAAGGAGAAGAUGAAGGGUGGCUACGACGGAAGAGACGUCAGGAAGCAGAACUUCGCUGACGAUAUUGAGAUGGCGAAUUGGGUGGGUAGGAAGUAA